AUGAAUCGCCUCCGUCCAGCGUUGGCUUCUGGUAUCCUCUUCUCGAAAAAGGCUGGCAGUAAUGCAAAGCCAGAUGUCAGGCGACCCAAAAAUGCUACCAGAGUAUUACAUUCCAGUCCGAACUCUCAGCAGAGUAGCGCAGCUCAAGGCAGUUUGAAUCUUCUUACGACAGAAAAUGCGGACGUUUACUCCAUUUUCCCUUGUCUUGAGGAGCCAUCAACCACCAGAUCGCGUACACAGCUGCCACUAGCGAGUGAUUCAGCUCUCCCUUCAUUCUCUCCAUCAGAAGACCCAGUUACGUUUUGUCUUCCGAUCCUCAGCAUCUCUAUCGAUGUCUCAAUUGAGGGGACGAUAUCGCUCACGAAGCUCACGCAGAGUUUCCAUAACCCAUCCGAUUUCGAUAUCGCCGAAGCUCGACAUACCUUCCCCUUAUAUCAGGGAGCAGUCGUAACGUCUUUCCAAUGCAUGGUGGGCGAGUCACGACGACUACGAGGAGUUGUUAAGCCAACGUCCCAAGCAAGAGACGAGUUCAAAAAGUCAAAGGCAAAAAAGAAGGUGGCGGCUCUGCUGGAGGAACUCACUCCGGAGGUUUUUGAGACAUCGUUGGGCAGUAUUCCUGCAAAAACAACGGUUAAAGUUAUCUUGACCUACGUGCACGAACUCAAGGCCGUGACUAGUAAAAAGGAAAAAUCUGAAGGCCUUGCUCUUAUUAUUCCAGCCUCUAUUGCCCCCCGAUACGCCGCCGCUGCAACGCCAGGGCCUUUACCUAAGGUGUUCGGUGAUAAGCUGGAAAUACAUAUUCAAGUUCUUGAUAACGGCGAAAUAAACCCUGUCACAAGCUACGUCGAAUCGAAUCAUCGCACUGCGACUAUAUAUCAGGGAUUGCAGCCAAGCAGCAGCGCACCAAUUAUGAACAUUGCUGAGCUUCUUAGUCUCAAGCCGGCAAUCAGCAGCGCACAGAAGCCGCAGCAUAUGUGGAAAUACACGUCCAAAUCACAACCAGCUCUUAAAAAUGAUUUUAUUUUCGUCAUCCAACUGCUAGAGCAAACUCGCCUGCAAUCUUGCGCUGUUAUCACGCCCCCCAACGAUAUGGACCAUGCUGCACUAAUGGUCAGUCUCCGUCCAAACGACUUGUUUGGCAGCGCAGUUCGUCCAGAGUUGUUUGAAGGCGAGAUUCUCUUCGUUAUUGACCGCUCUGGUUCCAUGGAAUGGACGGAACCGGGCAUUAACAUACCCAAAAUUGAGACAGCAAGGGAUGCCAUGUCUCUGGUGUUGCAUGGACUGCCUACCACGUGCAAGUUCAAUAUCAUCUCAUUUGGCAGCGAGGUGCGCGGCAUGUGGAAUAGAUCACGGGGAGCGAAUGAACCCGAGAACCUGUCAUUUGCUAGUCAAUACUUAACUACCAUCAAAGCAGACAUGAUUGGAACCGAGGUUUUACUCGCCUUACAAGGUGCUGUGAGUAAUCGUGAGCCCAGCUGUCCAUCUACGCAGAUUAUUCUCGUCACUGAUGGUGAGAUCGUGGAUGAAUCUCACACCGCCAUAUUGAAAUAUGUCUGGGAAACUCGUGAGAAACUUGGCAAAAAUAUCCGCUUCUUCACGCUUGGCAUUGGGGAAGGUGUCUCGCACAGUGUCGUUGAGAGUAUUGCAGAGUUAGGUGGCGGAUAUUGUGACGUUGUCGAUAUAACCAAGAAGCCUGGCUGGGAGGACCGCUUGAAUCGAAUGGUUCGGUCAGCCAUGGAGCCAAAUGAGUGGACUUGUGACAUUGAUCUCGGCCUAGGAUAUGAGAGGCGUAGCUUAGCUGGCUAUGCUUUCGGUGCUGGUGACAGAUCCGACACAACACUGGCAGUUUACGCUCAGGGUCCUCAUCCAAUCCCUCCAUUACACCCAUUUCGAUACAAUUCUUUCUUUUUUCUCUUGGACACGAGAGGCACCGAGCUACCGAAGACAGUGAUAAUCAAGACUACAUCGGAUGCUGCUAAGAAAAAGGUCUAUAUCAUGGAUGUUAAGCCAAGUCAACUAAGAGAGAGCAAUAUCCAUCCACUGGCGGUUAAGACGAUCUUACGCAGCCUUGAAGACGAUAUUAGAAAGGCAGGCGCGAACGAAGAGCAGGCACGCAUUAACGCUGAGUUCUUGGGAACUAGAUACGCCAUCUCUAGUAGGUGGACGAGCUUUGUUGCUUUGUCAGAUGAAAGCAUAGAGCAGUCUUGUCAGAUUGAUGUCUACAAAAGUCUUCUGGAGGAGAUCAAUAUAUCAGAGCUAUUGGUUUCA